AGAAAACUAUAUAAUUCCCUAGUUUCUUUCACCGGAAUCAUUUUCAGAUUGGAUUCAUUCUGAUACAACUUUGCGGCAAAAAAGGAUGAUAAGGUAGAGAAAACAUGGAAGAAGAAGAUGAUGAAGUUAUGGUGAAAGAGGGGAUAAUGGCCUCUCAAAGAGAAAUCUUUAGCAUUUCUGGUCCUAUCCAUUUAACUUCCAUUGAUUGGAAUAAUUCUUACCAUAGAACCUCGGUGGCAUCAUGUUUGGUACAAGCAGUGUACACAUUGGAACGAGACAGACAACAAAACAGGAUUGGUCUAAAGUCACAAGCCAAUCAUUGGUGGGAGUUUUUCAACUUCACUUUAGCCGAAACCCUAGUCGACGACUCAGACGGAUCCAUAUACGGCGCCGUUUUCGAAUACAAACAUUUCUUCUCCUACAAUUACCAUAAUACCCCUCACUUGAAACCCCCUCCUCGUCACGUGAUCGCUUUCCGUGGCACGAUCUUGAAACGGCACUCUCGGUCACGUGACCUUAGGCUAGACCUACGUUGCAUCCGAGACAGUCUCCACGACAGCACUAGGUUCGUGCAUGCGGUUCAGGUGAUUCAAAGUGCGGUGGCUAAAACUGGUAAUACAGCUGUGUGGCUUGCCGGACAUUCUCUUGGUGCUGCCGUGGCUUUGCUUGCCGGGAAGAUUAUGACGAGGUCUGGUUUUCCUCUUGAGAGUUAUCUAUUCAAUCCUCCUUUCUCGUCGAUUCCGAUAGAGAAGAUACUGAAGAGUGAGAAGCUUAAACAUGGAGUUCGAUUCGCCGGAAGUCUUGUUAAAGCAGGAGUAGCCAUCGCCGUCAAGGGUCGCCACCAUAAUAAGGGUCAAGAAGACGAUUCGUUUAUGAAGUUAGCAUCAUGGAUACCAUAUUUGUAUGUGAAUCCGUUAGAUACAAUAUGCUCAGAAUACAUUGGUUACUUCAAGCACAGAAACAAAAUGUUUGAGAUUGGAGCCGGUAAAAUUGAAAGAAUUGCUACAAGGAACUCACUUAGGAGUCUGUUGUCAGGAGGAGGAGGAGGAGGUUCGUCUUCAGAUUCUUGUUCGGAGCCUCUUCAUCUUUUACCAUCGGCGUAUAUGACGAUAAACACUAGCAAAUCGCCGAAUUUUAAGAGAGCUCAUGGGAUUCAUCAAUGGUGGGAUCCCAUGUUUAAUGCUGAAUAUGUUUUGCAUCAGUUUAAUCACUGACCUCUUCUACUUUCGUUGCUUCAAAUGCUUUGAAACCUUUUUAAUUUCUUCUAUUUUGUUUAUAACUGUAAUUUGUGAAUGAUCAAAUUUGCGCAGUGGUUUUGAUGAAAAAUAUAAGUGAUAUAGGGUC